CCAGAAAGGAAGGUCGUAAGGUGUAGUUGAGAGAUCAUAAUGGAGCAAAGAAAAGGGCGUAGAUUAGUACUCUUUCCACUACCCUUACAAGGCCAUAUAAACCCCACGCUUGAUCUUGCUAACAUUCUUCAUUCCAAAGGCUUCUCUAUCACUCUCAUCCACACCAACUUCAACUCUCCCAACCCUUCAAACUACCCACACUUCACUUUCCACUUUAUCCAAGAUGGCCUAUCGGAGAGUCAGGCCUCCACAAACGACGUCGUUUCUCUUCUCACACUUCUCAACAUCAAGUGUGUUGAGCCCUUCAAGGAGUGUUUGAGAAAGUUGGUAUCCGAUAAUGAUGUUUCGGAGGAGCCUGUUUCUUGCUUGAUCUCUGACGCUAUAUUUCACUUCACUCAAGCCGUUGCCGACAGCCUCAAACUUCCCAGGAUCGUUUUAAGAACUGGGGGUGCCUCAUCUUUUGUCGUUUUUGCUGCUUUUCCACUUCUAAGAGAAAAGGGUUACCUCCCCAUACAAGCAUCCAGAUUAGAAAAUCAAGUGGUGGAACUUCCACCACUCAAAGUCAAAGACCUUCCGGUGAUCAACACUCACAACCCGAAGACACUUUAUCAACUAGUGGACAACCUGGUCAAUACAACAAAGGCCUCUUCAGGACUCAUUUGGAACACUUUUGAGGACCUUGAACAAUCUUCUCUGGCCUCAAUAAGUCAACAGUUUUCUCUUCCAAUCUUCCCAAUAGGUCCAUUUCAUAAGCACAAUCUAGUUUGUACCUCUCCUAAAAGUAGCUUGUUAGCGGAAGACCAAACCUCAAUUUCCUGGCUCAAUACUCAACCACUAAAAUCUGUCAUCUAUGUGAGCUUUGGUAGCCUUGCGGCAACAAGUGUGAGAGAUUUUUUGGAGAUAGCUUGGGGCCUUGCCAAUAGUGAGCACCCCUUCUUGUGGGUGGUCCGACCCGGUUCGGUCCUCAGAUCGGAGUGGCUCGAGGCGUUGCCAAGUGGGUUCCUAGAGAACUUGAGUGGGCGUGGCCACAUAGUGAAAUGGGCCCCCCAACAAAAAGUUUUGGCUCACCAAGCCGUUGGAGCAUUUUGGACUCACAAUGGAUGGAAUUCAACAUUGGAGAGCAUUUGUGAGGGAGUGCCAAUGAUUUGUCUGCCUUGUUUCUCUGACCAAAAGGUGAAUGCAAGAUAUGUGAGCCAAGUUUGGAAGGUUGGUUUGCAGUUGGAAAAUGGAUUGGAAAGAGGAGCGAUAGAGAAGACAAUUACGGAACUUAUGAGGGAAAAAGAAGGAGAUGAGAUUAGAGGCAGAGUUUCUAAGUUACAAGAGAUGGCUAACAAUUGCUUGGAAAAGGGUGGUACUUCUUACGAAUCUUUGGAAAGCUUGAUAAGCCACAUUUUUUCGUUGGAAUCAUUUACUUUUUCAAGUUCAGCGUAAGUGGCGAUUGUAUUUAAUCUUCAUGCUUUAGUUGAGUCAUUUAAGGUACCAAUAAGUAAGCCUUGGCUAUGGAGUUUUACAAAGGAAAAACAAAUUUCUAAAUUUUAUCCGGAUAUGGAUGAAUUAAUUAUAACUGAAAUGGUCCCUAUUCUUGUA